CGGGGCCCGGGGGCAGCUAGGCCCCAGGCACAGCCUGGGGAGUGAAAUGCCUCAGGCUCUCCCGAGUGCACAAAGCGCAGGCGCGGCAGGUUGGGUAGCAGCUUCAUCGGGUAGUGGCUGUUGUGGUAGCAGUAUCAGCAACAGGUGUGGACAGGUCCCACCAGACUCCACCCUGGAAAGUCCUUUUGAAGAAAUGGCCCUGGUGAGGGGCGGCUGGCUGUGGAGACAGAGCUCCAUCCUCCGCCGCUGGAAGCGGAAUUGGUUUGCUCUGUGGAUGGAUGGGACGCUGGGUUACUACCGCGAUGAGACAGCACAGGAUGAGGAGGACCGCGUGCUCAUCCAUUUCAAUGUCCGAGACAUAAAGGUCGGCCAAGAGUGUCAAGAUGUGCAGCCCCCAGAGGGCAGGAGCCGGGAUGGACUGCUGACUGUGAACCUGCGGGAGGGCUCCCGUCUGCACCUGUGUGCUGAGACCAGAGACGAUGCUGUAGCAUGGAAGACAGCACUGAUGGAGGCAAACUCCACCCCGGUACGCGUCUACAGCCCAUAUCAGGACUACUAUGAGGUGGUGCCUCCCAACGCACACGAGGCCACAUAUGUCCGCAGCUACUAUGGGCCGCCCUAUGCAGGCCCAGGCGUGACACACGUGAUAGUGCGAGAGGAUCCCUGCUACAGCGCCGGCGCCCCGCUGGCCAUGGGCAUGCUCGCUGGGGCUGCUACCGGCGCUGCACUUGGUUCACUCAUGUGGUCGCCUUGCUGGUUCUGAGCCCUGGGCCUCAGAGUGCCGGAUGUGCACGUAGAAUGCUAGAUCUCAGUUCCUCCUGGAUCACCCUCCGUUACCCAACAUCUAAACCCCAUCCCAUUUUGGCUCUUUUCUCUCCAUUAACCCCUCUGAGCUUGGACUAUUGCUCCCACUCCUUAGCCUCCCCUCUCUCCUCAGAGGAAGUUAUCAUCUCAGGCACAUCUAUCAAACAUGGCCGGAGAUCCUCACACUAUUGUCGGAUACCCCAAGAAAUCACCUGUGAAUAUGUUUUCUCCAGAUACAGCAAAUAUGACUUCAUUGGCUUUAAUUGCUCCAAGGCACUGAAGAUCACAAUGAUUAUUGUUUUUGGCCUUCUCCUGAGGAUACUCCAGGACUAGGGAAACCAAUGAACAAAGACAAAGCUGUAGACUUAACAGUCCUUUGACAAGGACACAAAGAGCACAAAGGCAGGUAGGCUGGGAGCUGUUGGCAGCAAGCACAUGGAGCUGUGAACAUCUUGACAUGUCCAAAGAAUCACAGGAAAGUACAGUUGGGUUGGGGUGGAGGCUCAGCAGGGUGGUGCAGGGGUGUGUUUGGAUCGUGGUGGACCUCCAGGGUAAAGGAGAGAUGGGCACUUUUUAUGGAGGAAAGUUUCCUAAUUGCAACUAUAAUGCAUUUUUAUUUUUGCCUGUUUUGUUAGUACUGACACAUACCUUUACCCUAAAUAUUCUUGAGUUUAGCAUCAUCCUUCCCACUACUAGCUUCCCUAUGACAAUUAAGCUGAACCUGGGGGCUCCUGGUUGGGGCACAGGUGAGCUGUUUGGGACCUCCAGCCUUAGGAAGUUGCCUCCAGUGGGCAUGCUUUUCUGACCCCAGGAGCUCAGCUGUCAGUUGCUGUGACUGUCACCAUCUGAGGCUUUGUCUCCUCUAUUAUUCUGGGGGAGAUGGCACUGUUUCCUUCUGGGGCAUGACCCACCUUUGUACCGCCCUGGGGAGCCCCUCAUGUGCCUGGCUGUAGGUGGAUUUGAUCCCCUUCCAGAAUCUUCCACCAUCCUGUCCCAGUUGCCAAUAGAGAUGCUAAGUGUAGUUGUAGCCCACUAAAUUUCCCCUGUAGAUGAAGGCUCCAUUGGCUCAGCUGCAGAUGCUAAUAAAGACAUGACUGGCUCCAGAA